UCAGUAAGUCUCCUCAGCGGUCUCGAGCACUGCAGUUGUCGUGACACAUUGUGUCGUAUUGUGUCGCAAUAAUAUCUUCAAGCUGCUCCUAAAGAAACGAGAGUGAAACAAGCGGUUCGCCAGCACGAGAUACGUUCGAACAAAACUAAUUCGUGGACUUCUCUCGUACGUAUACCAUGUAAAACCAUGAUGAGCCGCGUGUGCUGUUAACUGGUGGAUGAUUUCGACCGAGAAAGUCUUACUUUCAGUAGCCUUCCGGUUUCUCUUUUCUCCGCGGUAUUCUUACCUUUAUUUUCCUCAUAAAUUCAGUGCAGAUAUGCGUUAAGUGUCGACACGAGUCUUCAUUUUCGGAAGUACCCUCUUUCAUUUCGGUGAUGGAUUAAGGACAACGUGGUUCAAUCAUCAAUCUCAGGAAGCAGUAAAUCGCAAGAACUGCUAAGAUGCCGAUAGAAUUCUUGGACCGGCUUCCAAUGCCAAAUCUCCGGCUGUAUACGGCAAUAAGCUUCGGCGUGUUAUCCUGUUCGAUAUACUAUGCCGUUCAAAUCAUCAAAGACCCGGCAUGGAAGAUCACUCACACUUACGUGGACUCUGAAAAUGACUCGGCCAACAACAUCGACUUCGAUCCGAGGGAUUCCGCGAUGUAUUUGAAGGAGUUGCUCGAGUGCAUGCUCGACGAGCCUAUCUGCAUCUGGACCUUAAUCAACAUGGCGUACUGCGUGCUAAUUCUGCUGGGUAAAACAAUUCAAAAGCUCGUAUUCGCCGAGCUGCGAGUCUCCGAAAGGCAACACCUAAAGGACAAGUUUUGGAACUUCGUGUUCUACAAAUUUAUCUUCGUAUUCGGCGUGCUGAAUGUGCAGUACAUGGACGAGGUGCUACUGUGGUGGGCUUGGUUCACCGCGCUUGGCUUCCUAAGUCUCCUCAGUCAACUAUGCAAGGAUCGAUUCGAAUACUUAUCGUUUUCGCCUACAACACCAGGUUGGAGUCAUGCGAAACUUCUUGGACUUCUCGCGACUAUUCUUGCAUUAUCCUCCUUCAUGUUACUCCUAUGCACAGCUGCAGCGUUCUUCUUCGUUUCAUUCAAUACCUUUGUCUUCACUGCAGCUGAGUGCAUCUUACUAGGUGUCAGAACAAUUCAUGUAAUGGUGCGAUACAUAAUUCAUCUGUAUGAUACUCGAGGGGCUGGAACCUCUUCGCAACGUUCUUGGGACAAAAGAGGUCCUCUAACUUACUACACAGAUCUAACAGCAGAAUUAAUAGUGCUAGCUGUAGAUUUUCUUCACCAUGUCCACAUGCUACUUUGGAGUAACAUAUUCCUAAGCAUGGCAUCCCUUGUAAUCUGUAUGCAACUUAGGUAUCUUUUCUAUGAGAUACAACGCAAGAUCACAAAGCACAGGAACUAUCUUGCUGUAUUAAAUCAUAUGGAACAAAACUAUCCAAUGGCAAGUCAGGAAGAGUUAGCAGAGAACUCAGACAACUGCGCCAUUUGCUGGGAGAAAAUGGAAACAGCUAGAAAGCUACCUUGUGCUCAUCUUUUCCACAAUUCCUGUUUACAGUCUUGGUUGGAACAGGAUACUUCCUGCCCAACUUGUAGGCUUGCCUUAAACAUGCAACCUAGCCACCUUGUAAACACACAAGAAUUAUCAACUGAACUACAAACGCCAGCUAGACGAAAUGAGAAUCAUUUCUUUCAUUUCGAUGGCUCAAGAUAUGUGUCCUGGUUACCAAGCUUCUCCGUUGAAGUUUCCCACAAUAGACUACGUGGAAAUAUUUCUACUAUUACACAUAACAACUCGCAAAUGGAUACUAUGAUUAGACAGGUGCAGCAACUGUUUCCACAAUUCCCCCGCAAUCUAAUCGUAGAAGACCUCAGAGGGACGAGAUCAAUCGAAUGGACCGUUGCAAAUAUUCUGGAUGGAGUCUUGAUGUCUCCUCAUCAUAUAAUCGAAGAACCGCAAUUGGAAUCCGUCCUUCAAAUCCAUACCAGUACCACAGAAACUAGUGUUUCUUUGAAUACCCCUUCGAUGCCGCUACCUUCAGAUCCAAGAUUUGAUAUUCCUCUUGCUGAUAGCGGUGAAGAACCUUCCAGCCUAGGAGGACGGUUUUCCAAAUCAUCGUCCGAACGAGAACAAAUCCUGCAGCGUCGCAAAGAACUGCUGAGACUCACUGCUAAGGAGAAAUAUCUCGAGAAGUGCCGAGAAAAGCAUGGAGCUGACGAAAGUGUUUCUAAUGCCACCUCUUAAAACAGGGAAAACAGAGAGAUAUAUGCUGAUAAAAAGUUCUUGAUUUUUCGUGCUUCGUAGCGAUUAUCUUCUUCGAAGAAGAGUAUAACGACUGAUUUCCUUGAGUACACGUCCACCGACGUCCACUUACUUUUUCCUCGCCUCCUUUUUGUGUUUGCUUACAUGCAGUUCUUAUUUUCUUUUUUUUUGUGUAGACUAUGUUCUUUACUCUUUGGUUUGUUCCUAAGCAUUUUUGAAUGAUCUUAAUUAUUAUUGCUCCUACAAUGAGAACAAUUUUUUAGGCACCAGUUCUCUUUUUUUAUUCACUUUUCCUUUUUUCCAUAGUCUGUGCACUCAUAAAUAUUGUAUUCGCUUUCUUUGAUUUUUGUCAUAUUAAAAUCCCGAUCUUUAGGAAUAGUUUCCUUCAAAAUUCUAGACUCCUUACUUGAGAAGGACAGUUUCCUUAAGAAUACGUUUUUUAUUCUUAAGAAGAGGUAAGGAUAAUUAACUUAAAGUAUUAACCAUUUAAUUCUUUAGCAAUAAUAAGAAUUAACUUAAAAGUAUUACUCGCUUAAUUAUUUUUAAUUCUUUAUUUAUUAAAGUAAUAAUUAAGAAAUGAAACUUUCCUGAGAUCUUAAUCUUU